GGGGCGCGGCGGGGGGCUAGGGCUGCUCGGGCUGCUCGGGCUGCUCUGAUCGACCCGGUGUGUGAGGGAAAAACGCCCCAUGCGCUCCUCCAUGACGCCUUUCUCGAACUGGUGAAAUCUAUCGAUCUUGAUGCCUUGUCAGAGAGAACCAGUGGGCGUAAAACAGGGAGCUCUGCAGCUCUGCGCGUCCCCUGGCGAUGCUGUACCAGCUGAGGUUGCCGAGAGGAGCCGCUAUCGCGGAACAUCGCGUCUGGUGCCAUGUGGGGCGGGCGUGCAAGCGCUGGGAAAAAGCCUCAUCGCAGCUUCCAGCAGCCAGGCAUCUGCACAGCUCGCUGUCAGCAGCCCGCCGAGGUGUAUAUGGUACUCUCGAACAGCAGAAGGCAGAAUUCAGGCUGUGCUGGAAGGGGCAGAGCUGUGUCUCAUACCUGUGAGAGACGGUGCCUGAGAGCCUCUGAACAGCCCCAGGGAGCGGGGACACGGCUCGGCUGUUCUUCUGUGUAGACCAACAGUUGGUUGUUUUGUCCUCUUAUAGAACAGCAGAGCAGAGCAAGGAGUGCUGGCUGAGCCACAGGAGGAGCCAGACACCCUGCCAAAGGGCCACCGACACCCUGAGUCCUGCAGUGCGUUUUCCUCACUGCGGUGCUGGGCAACAUGAGGACGCCCAGAGGGCCAGGCUCGAUUCACUGUCUUCAUGCUGCCACGCUGCAGUAGUUGUGUGAAGAGGCCUCCCAGCAUUCUCAGACAGAUUCUCAGGAAGGCUGUUCUGUAACAGAGUGGGAAACCACUUUGAACCGUUGGCCACAAGCUGUUACCGGCUUUGCUGAUAUUCAGCUGGAAAGUGGAAGCAGAAGUAUUGAAUUUAAGUACAGUUUGUGAAGCCCUUUGGUUUCUCUCUUUAUGCACAGAUCACUGUAGGCAGAUUCGAACAGCCUGGUGUUAGAUCAAGCUCUACUCCAGGCAACAGGGCUCGCAGGUUGCAAGACAUCGGAUGGCAGACAGGGCUCAUUUGUUGCAUUCAGUCUUUUUUUCCCAAGAAAGGGUAAAAUCUUGAAGCUCAGCUCAUGGAGAGGCAAAACCUGAGAGAGGACUUGGAGCCGUUUCCUGCCCCUCAGCUGGGAUCACAGCUCCACAUUUCUCGGAGCAGACAAGCUGUUCACAAGCCUAGGGGUGCCUUCUGCACCUAGCUGGGCAUAUGCCCAGGCACUGAUGGAGGAGUCCUCACUCAUCCCCAAGAUGUCUGUUUUUCUCCAUAGGCAUUUGAUAAAACAGUUACAAAGGACAACUCCCUCGCUGUUGGCUACUUUCAGAGAGGGUUUGUUUGCCUGCAGUUGGAAAUGUAUGAAGAAGCUCUCUCUGACUAUCAUCUGGCCUUCAGUCACCUAAGAAAAAAUCCCUUCAUUGAUUACAAGCAGCUGGGGCUGAGGCACAUUCUCUAUGCAUGGGAGGUGCUGUACAGCACUGCUGCCACGCAGUGCCGGCUGCAGCAGUGGCAGGAGGCCAGAGAGACCCUAGAGAAGGCCGUCGUGUGGAGACCUGAAGGAAGAUCAGCAACGCUGGCCCUGGCCCUUGAGCGAGUGCAGAACCAUCUAUUUUUAGAGCCUAUGCAGGUUCCCCUGGGGGAAUUUUUCAGACCACGAAAGAAGGAAGUUGAACAGCUGGAUUCAAAAGAUUUCCUGGGGAAACCUAAGGUGAUCUCAUCCAUCAUUCCCAAUGAUGAGUACAUUGGCUUUGAACCUCUCAGGCCACAGAAACAGGGCUUUUAUGAACCCAGUGCUGAUGCUGUGAGAGACCGUGAAUCAGGCUACUAUCGAGUUUUGUCCCAUUAUUACCCUGAGGGUGUGGAGAAGUUGGCAGUGAAAGCCAGCAGCCUGGUCUUUGUGCUGGCAAGAGGAGCAGAUGGCUGGGCUACAGCCAUACAUGAUGGGCAGAAGCUGCAUAUACCGACCUCUAUCCUGGAGCCUGCCUCAAAGAUGGAUAAAUGGAAGAUCAAUGAUGGGAUUCCUCUCCCUCCUGCCCAGGUCCCUCCCAGCCGGCUUCACGUGAAGCAGACACCAGAAUCUCUUGGGGAAGAAAAUGUUUCUGCAAAUGAUUCCGGAUCCCAAGUGGAUUUUGAAGUCCCACUGACCCACAGAGACACUUCCUCCAGCUCAGACAGACCAGCUGUGCUGCGGGUGCUUUGCGAGUGCAAGGUGGUGCUGAGGGCAGGCGAGGUGCCCUCCGUGCCGGCGCUGCGGGCGCUGCUCCGGCAGCGUUUUGGCCAGCAGGCAGAGCGUGGGAGGCUGAGCUACAGGCAUUUGGAUGGCAAAGAACUAGGUGCAGUUUCAGGAGAGGAAGAUCUAGGGAAGAUAUGGCAGCAGCUGACAGAUGGCAGGAUCACACUCUGCUGCCAGGACUUGGACUCCCACUCAGGCAGACCCAUCCUCUACCGGAUGCUGGCUCAGCACUCGUACCCUGCACAGGGACCAGGAGACCUGGAGUUCAGCAAGGGGGAUGUGCUGGAUAUUCUCUCUGAAGUGAACAAGGACUGGCUUGAAGGGCACUGCAACGGCAAGACUGGCAUCUUCCCUAAAUGCUUUGCAACCCAGACCAGCUGUGCCUUCCCAUAGGGAACAGGAGCCUUCUGCCUG